AUGAAUGUAAAAUUUCAUCCAAGACAAAUUAUUAUGACUGACAAAAAUAUGCGUCGAUUCCAAACAGCUCUCUUGUUAAUUACAAAUCCAAUCCGUUCUCGUAUUCCAUUUAUUCUUUCUGCCGUUAUACCUUAUGUUGAAAGAAAUCUUUAUGUUAUUAUUGAAAAUCCAAAUUUUCAAUCCUCGUCAUCAUCAUUAGCAUCGUCAUCUGAGAAGCUCUUCGAUCGAGAACAACAGAAGCAACGCAUACGUCCUUUGUUACAUGCUAUUUAUAAACAAUUGUCAGCAACAAAAAAUCCUUCAGUUAAUAUUCUUCUUCAUAAUGUUGAUUCAGUAAUAAAAUCUACGAAUCCUCUUCAAUUACCUCGUACAUGUGAAGCAGUUUUUGCUGAUUGCUCAUCUUCGACAGGAUUAUAUGAGUAUUGUCGAGAUCAUUUUCAUCGGUUAGAUCAAAAUUUUGAACUUCGAAUUAUUGAUGAAAAAGAAACAAAGGAAGAUCAAUUCAUUGAUAAUUUGUCUACAUGUGAUAAUGAUUUAUUUAGUACGAAAUGUACCAGUCGAUAUAAUCGAGGAGUUUUGGGUGGUACAUUUGAUAGAUUACAUAAUGGUCACAAACUAUUAUUGACUGAAAGUGCAUUACUCUGUGAUGAGAAAAUUGUUGUUGGUGUAACCGAUGGUGUCAUGAUAGAAAACAAAGUUUUAGCUGAAGUCAUUGAAUCAGUUACUGAUCGUAUGUCAAAUGUUCGAUCAUUUGUUGGCCUCAUUCGACCUAGCAUAUUUGUACACUGUGAACCAAUUGAAGAUCCAUGUGGUCCAUCAACCACAAUGGCAGAUUUAAAUUGUAUUAUUGUGACUGAUGAAACAAAACAAGGUGCUUUGCAAGUGAAUAAAGAGAGACAAGAUAAUGGCUUAAGCCUAAUAGAUGUACAUGUCGUACCUAUGGUUCCACCUGAUGAUCAUAAUCAAGACGGAGAUAAGAAAUUAAGUUCAACUUCACUUCGACGAGAAAUUCUUGGUAUCCUUCUUAAACCACCUUUGAAAUGUGUUGAAUCUAAUCAACCCUAUAUCAUUGGUCUUACUGGUGGUAUAGGCUCUGGAAAAUCAAGUAUUGGUCGUCGGUUACAAAAACUAGGUGCUUCCAUUAUUGAUUGUGAUAAAUUAGGUCAUGAAACGUAUAAGGUGGAUACUGAGGUUUAUAAACAGAUAAUCGUAACAUUUGGUGAAGAUAUUAUUAAUUCUACGGAUCGAUCCAUUGAUAGAAAACUACUUGGUAAAAAAGUUUUUCAAUCAUCUAAUGAACUUAAGAAACUAACAGAUAUUGUUUGGCCUGCUAUUUUAAAUCUGGCAAGAGAACGCAUUGAUUGUUUAUUUGAAGAAGGUAAACGUAUUAUUUUUCUUGAUGCAGCUAUAUUGAUUGAAGCAAAAUGGACUGUUGCUGUAAAUGAAAUAUGGGUUGCAUCUAUCCCUCCAAAAGAAGCUAUUCGACGUGUUGUUGAACGUGAUCGAAUAUCGAUAGAGGAAGCAAAACGUCGUUUGAGUGCUCAAAUAUCAAAUCAAGAACGUUUUUCAUAUGCUAAUGUUCUUUUUUGUACUUAUUGGGCAGAAAGUGUUACUCAGAAACAAGUUGAGCAUGCUUGGAAUCUUCUGUUGCAACGUAUUAACGGUGAUCGUCCAUCAUUUUAA